GCGAGAGGGCACACAGCGACCAGGGCGCACGAAAUACACUCCGAAUAACUUUCGGGUUAAUCCUGUGAAGAUGAGCAGGAUUUCUGGAGUUCUGCGUCGUGCGUUCGGAAUAGUGCGCGAGCACGUCGGGACAGAUGCUUCGGGAAAUCACUAUUACAUAGUCCCAGAACAGAAGACGUGGACAGGCAGGCUCAUCCGUGCCAAGCGGAUGGUCGAGGCAGCCAAUCCUACAGAAUAUGAGUAUAUAGAGGGCAACAUACCGAUGGAGUGGGACGCUUGGAUCCGAGGCAGACGGAAGGAGCCCCCCUCCGCCAAGGAGCUGCUGAAGAACGAGUUGUACAGGAAGGACAUCAAACUGAGGGCCAGGGAAAUGGAUGAGAAAGAUCUGGCCCUGCAGGCUAAGGAGUACGAGGAAGGUCUGGUGGCGAGUUCCGCGAAGACUGUGGCGAAGGGCCACGCGUCCACCGCCAGCUUUGGCAAGCAGGAGAUCAGCGAAGACCCCACCAGCACUGCAAACGUGUUCCAGCCUGGAUCCUGGUUGCCCAAGAAAUAGACCGAGACAUCCACCGAGGCCGCUGUGACAUGUGACACAAUCCAAUAGAAAAACACUGCGAUAGCAAAUACUUCCAUUGUGAAACUGAAGUAUACUAGAAUUACCUAAUUUGGUUGGUGCAUUUCACAGUGGAAGUAUUUAUUACAAAGCGGUUUAAUUGGCCUGUGUUACAAGAUACACAAUUCCAUUCUUCUAGUCCUGCUCUGUAUAUAUACACAAUACGCACUGCUCAUCUUGAAGCUGACUGUGGGCGACUACAACUGACAUGGCCGUACUUGCAGUGGUCAUGGGUUUCACAAACUACUGUAUUGUUUAACGGAUGUUGUACAUUUUCCAAUAAAUGACUUGAAUAGCUCUUUA